GGGACCGGUAUCUGCCGCCGCUGCCGCUGCCGCCGGUGCUCCAACCUGUUCCGUGUGGCCCACGCUGGCCUUGCCGCGGCCAUGAUGAUCCACGGCUUCCAGAGCAGCCACCAGGACUUCUCCUUCGGGCCGUGGAAGCUAACGGCGUCCAAGACCCACAUCAUGAAGUCGGCGGAUGUGGAGAAGUUAGCUGAUGAAUUGCAUAUGCCAUCUCUCCCUGAAAUGAUGUUUGGAGACAAUGUUUUAAGAAUCCAGCAUGGCUCUGGCUUUGGAAUUGAGUUCAAUGCUACAGAUGCAUUAAGAUGUGUGAACAACUACCAAGGAAUGCUUAAAGUAGCCUGUGCUGAAGAGUGGCAGGAAAGCAGGACGGAGGGUGAACACUCUAAAGAGGUUAUUAAACCAUAUGAUUGGACCUAUACAACGGAUUAUAAGGGAACAUUACUUGGAGAAUCACUUAAGUUAAAGGUUGUACCUACAACAGAUCAUAUAGAUACAGAGAAACUGAAAGCCAGAGAACAGAUUAAGUUUUUCGAAGAAGUUCUCCUAUUUGAGGAUGAACUUCAUGAUCAUGGAGUUUCAAGCCUGAGUGUGAAAAUUAGAGUAAUGCCUUCUAGCUUUUUCUUGCUGUUGCGAUUUUUCUUGAGAAUUGAUGGGGUGCUUAUUAGAAUGAAUGACACAAGACUUUACCAUGAGGCUGACAAGACCUACAUGUUACGAGAAUAUACAUCACGAGAGAGCAAAAUUGCUAAUUUAAUGCAUGUUUCACCUUCCCUCUUCACGGAACCUAAUGAAAUAUCACAGUAUUUACCAAUAAAGGAGGCAGUUUGUGAGAAGCUAAUAUUUCCAGAAAGAAUUGAUCCUAACCCUGCAGGCUCAAAAGAAUGUACACCUGUGGAAUAGAAUGUGUUAUGACAUAUAUUCACUGUGGAAUCUGACUGGCUAUUUGGAGGGGGGUAUUUUUAUUUUGAGAAUUAAUUGCC